AGGAGGUGGUGUGGGUCGCCCUCCGCCGUGUUUGCAUCUGGUCGAGUGAGGGAGGCGACAAGGCUACCUUUGGAUGGAAUCAUGUCACGGGCGGCCGGCCUUGCGACCACAGCAUCAGUGUAACACACGGUGGCCAUAGGCGGUUCCAAGGCACACAGAAAUGGGUGGGCAGAUAACGCGAAAUGCUUUGUACGACUCCCUCGGUGGCCCCUUCCCAUCCACAUCCCACCGCUGUCAUCACAAACACAAGAGAUGCCUGCCUAUCCAGUGUGCCAGUGUUGGUGGUCCCUUUCCAGUCAGCCCACUUCUCUUCCAUCCUAAUGCUAAGGGUUCCCAAAUUGUCAUGGACCUUUCCCAGAAGAUAGUCAAGAGGCAGGGUAGUUUCUGCAAUGCCAUCACCUUCAGCAACAGGCCCAUAGCCCUGUAUGAGCAAGUCCGCCUCAAGAUUACAAAAAAGCAGUGUUGUUGGAGUGGAGCGCUGCGUCUGGGGUUCACCUCCAAAGAUCCCUGCAGGAUAAACCCAGACAACUUGCCAAAGUAUGCCUGCCCAGACUUGGUGUCCCAGAGUGGCUUCUGGGCAAAGGCUCUACCUGAAGAGUUUGCUAACGAGGGGAAUGUUAUUGCCUUCUGGGUUGACAAGAAGGGCCGUGUUUUCUACCGCAUAAACGAGUCCAGCCCCAUGCUGUUUUUCAGCGGAGUCCGAACCACCGAGCCCCUCUGGGCUCUAAUUGAUGUUUAUGGUCUGACCCGUGGAGUGCAGCUGCUAGACAGUGAGAUUGUUCCUCCUGACUGCCUGCGCCCACGCUCUUUCACAACAGUGCGCUCCUCCUCUCUCCGCCGUGAGGCAGAUGACUCCCGUCUCUCUGUUAGCCUGUGUGACCUCAACCUUCAGCAGGAGGAUGGAGGCAACUCCCACAAUCACUCACACCAUCAAACGCUCCACCUGGCCUCAGCCUCCUCUGUCUGUCCCAUACCCCAGAACUCCCUCAACUCACAGCAAUCAUCUCUUCUGCCGUCAGUCCUGGAGAAUGAUCUCCACUUCCACCAGUUGCGUGGGGCCCAUAUUAAGACACUAGAUGAACAGACUGUGGCGAGAUCGGCGCAUUCACGUGAGGAGCGCACUUUGGUUUUUACCAGCCGACCCUUACGAACUGGAGAGUGUGUGUUUAUCAAAGUCACCAAGUCCAGUCCAGCCCGCUCUGGCUCCUUGUCCUAUGGAGUGACAUCAUGUGACCCGGCUGUGCUGCGCCCCAGUGACCUGCCAUAUAAUCCAGAGGCUCUAGUCGACAGAAAGGAGUUUUGGGCAGUGUGUCGAGUGCCCACGCCUCUACAAUGCAGUGAUAUCCUAGGUUUCUUGGUCAACCAAGAAGGGGAGAUCAUCUUAAGCCACAAUGGCACCAAUGUUGGCAUGCAAGUAUGUGUGGACAACUCGCGCCCACUCUGGAUGUUCUUUGGCCUGCAUGGUGCUGUCACUCAGCUGAGAAUUCUGGGCUCUACUUAUGUUGGAGAUAGACGGGCCGGGUCGAACCCCAGUUCGCCGUCCUCAUCUCCGCACACUCCAAUUGCCCUGGGCAGCGGCAGCUCAGAUCCUGUCCUCAACGGAGGCUUGUGCUCGGCAGCUUACUGCAGCUCAGCAGGGGGAACAACCCCAAAUUCUCCGGUCAACUUUCCUAAGUCGCCUACCUUCCCAUCAGGCCGUGGGCCUCGGUCUGAUGAGUGCUCCAUCUGUUACGAGAACCCAGUGGACACAGUCAUCUAUGCCUGUGGACACAUGUGUCUUUGCUAUACCUGUGGCCUGAAGCUCAAGAAAAUGUCCAACGCCUGCUGUCCCAUCUGCAGAAGGCAGAUUAAAGACAUUAUCAAAACUUACCGAAGUACAUAAGAGCACAUAAUGGGACUGCCAACUCCCAGAUAUGAGGGGAAUGUAAGGAAAAAUCUUGAUAUUUUGAUAAUGUAAUACAGUUUUUGCUGGUUGAGUCUGAAUCUUAAUCAAUUCAGGUACAGUACUGCUCAUACAUGGUCUCAUACAGAGGCAACACUUGAAGUGAAACAGAUACAGUACAUGCCACAUGUGUUUCCUCCCCAAUGAGCACUUCGAAGACUUUAUAGUAGAGGAGAAGAGCUAAAACAAUUUUCAUCAAAGAUCUUAUUUGAUGAGCCAUGCUGCUACAAUGCAGGGACUGUGCUGAAACACAGAGUCUCCUCUGGGCUGAAUGUUUCAAUAAUUCUUUCAGGACUCAGUCAACCGGAUGUGUGCAGUAUGUCUGACUGGGCAAGUGAAAACAAGCACACUCACAGCACGUAAGUCAUCUCAGUAUCUCACAACGUGCGUCGAUGUAUUUCUGAGCUCUACUUGGAAAUAGUUGAGUCAGGCUCGAAACACCAUGACAUGAGGAAUCAUUUGUCAUCGUGGUGGUAAUCAGUGACUGUUUAGAAACGAUGCUGACUGUAAGUAGUAUCUAACACCUUGUGUACUCAUUUUAUCUACUGUACCUUUAUGUUAGUUCUACUUCAAAUGUUGGUGGUAGGUAUGUUGUGCUAGCUAGCUGCUUGGCCUACAAUGUGAUGUGUUGCACUGAAAUCGGCAUCUUCAUGGAAAUGCCCCAUUACUGUGAGACAGUUGGAAAGAUAUUCAUGGGUUUAAACGAUCAGCAGACUCGCAGCUCACAAUUCCAAAAAAUAUAACAGGGAGUGGAUUCUCAGGGCCAUUAUUUUCUUUGGUUUUAUUUUUGAAACAUAAAGACUAUUUUCCCAAACUCAAGUCAUAACCACGGCCUGAUACACUGUGAAUAAUCCUGACAUUCACAGCUCCUCAAAAAUAGCUCCGUAAGAAUACGUGAAGUCAAGGGAUUGUUGCCAUGGUAUCAGAAAGCAGUACAGUUAUGACACAGCUUCCUGCCUUAACCCGCAUUUGUAACAAGCAGAUGUAUCUACUAGAAGGAAACUCACCAAAAAUGCCGUUGCGUGACACAAAGCGGUCAAAUUUUUUUUCACUCAGUGGAGAACAAAAGUACACAAAUGCUUAAUUAUUUUUGUACAUCCACAGAACUUCCCAUAUUAUAUAAACAUGUCUUCUAAUCUUUGUGACAGGUUUUCAGCAGCAGCAAAGAGCCUUUAUAGAAAUUAAGUUUCCAGACAGGGCUAUAAAAGCUCAUUUGAAAUAUAUGAACGAUCGCUCUCCCACGCUUUUGAUUCCAAUUCAUCCUUAUCAAAUCAUCCAUCCAUCCAUCAUCCGUUUAUUCUGUUCAGGGUCACGUGAGUUUGAGCAACCCCAGCUUUCUUUAUGCCUGGAUCAGACCACGAGAUUUUAUCCUCGUUCUUGGCCCCAUUUGGUAUCGCAGCCAAUUGUCCAGAUCGGGCGUGACAUAUUUUGUCAGGAACAACAAAAUUCCUUGUCGUGUAACAUAAUCCACAAGAAGCGAUUUGGCAUCAGAGAAUCCCUGCGAUGCCGCAAUGAAAAGUGUAGAAUGUUUGAUUUUGUUUGGGGGGUGGGGGGAUAUCCUCCAUACAGUGUGACAUAAUGAGAACCCUGCGACAUACCACAUUGACAUCUAUAGCAUUGCGUCUUACAAUUACUUCUUUUUGAUCUUUUUUUUUUCCCAACACAAAUCUUUGCCACAAUUAAAAUUAGCACCUCUUCCUCCAUGGUUGUCGUUUCCGCAAUGGUAACGGUUAUAUCCGGUAGCAUUGACACGUUUUCCGAUCCCGCCUCCCCCGACAAUUUGAUUUGACGAGAUUAGCCCAGUGAACGUAAUACAGUAAACCCUCGUUUAUUGCGGCGUUUACGUUCCAGAAAACCACCGCAAUAAAUCAAAACCGCUAAGUAGUGAUUAUUAUCAUGUGUGUAUUUAUAAGUUUCAAAUGGCAGUUUGUGAUAUUCUGGGGGUGCGGGUAUUUUAUUUGUUCACUUGAGGUCACCAACCACAGACUCGACACAAGCGCAUGCCGAAUAAAUGCGAGUGCUCUACUUGAAUGACGUGAACGACAGCCCUUGCAUGAGGCUAAGGUUGAUAUUUGUGAAGUUUUUUUUCAUAAAUCUCUUUUGACUGUGGCUUGUGUUUUAAACAGGCUUUCCGGUCAUGUUCUUAAUGAGUCAUUAAGGUUACUUUUUCUGUUAAGAAUAGGGGCCCAAAUUGACCUCAUGUGAGUCAUUGCUGCCACAUGAAACUCGUAUAGCCAAUAAAGCAAACUAUCAAAUGCGCAACUGAGUAACUGAACUACACUGAAUUCACAAUAUGUAAACGGCAAUCGAGGGCGGGAUUACUCUGUUGUGUAGUGCUCCCAGUGUUUUGAUCGAGACAUGGCAGGAUUUUAUGGCAGUAGUCAGACAUUGAGUCAUUGUGAGAGACCAGAUCUGUGCUCAUCUAGUCUGAUCCAGGCAUUCGGAGAGGUGGACUGGGCCCGUCAAAUCACAUGUAGACAACCAUUCACCCCGAGGGUACCGUCCUUGUCUUUAUGAUUCCCUGUACAGUAAUUCCAUCCCAUUGUAUCACGUGUAAAUGAUCCGUUCAACAAUGAAACAUAACCCAAUCAAAUACAGCAGCCCAUAUAAUACGUUAAGGAGACGUUUUGUACGUUUGUACUUAUUUUGUAGAUAAACAAAUGGGUCUCAAAGCUUUGCUGCUAUUGUGUUUGCCAGCUGUCCUUUACGGUAAAUGCUGACAAUGGUUAGCAUGGUCCACAUAUCCUGCCACAGGUUUUAUUAUGCUACUGCUUGAAGAGUUGAAUCACAUUUGAAUGUUAAUUUAUGUGUUUACAAAAAAAUAUAUAUUAUUUUUGAUUGUUGUGCUUCAAUUUAACAUAUACAACCCCAAUUCCAAUGAAGUUGAGACGUUGUGUUAAACAUAAAUAAAAACAGAAUACAAGGAUUUGCAAAUCAUGUUCAACCUAUAUUUACUUGAAUACACUACAAAGACAAGAUAUUUCAUGUUCAAACUGAUAAACUUUAUUGUUUUUAGCAAAUAAGCAUUAACUUAGAAUUUUAUGGCUGCAAGACGUUCCAAAAAAGCUGGGACAGGUGGCAAAAAAAAGACCGAGAAAGUUGAGGAAUGCUCAUCAAACUGUUUGGAACAUCCCACAGGUGAACAGGCUAAUUGGGAACAGGUGGGUGCCAUGAUUGGGUAGAAAAGCAAAAACAAUAAAGUUCAUCAGUUUGAACAUUAAAUAUCUUGUCUUUGUUGUAGUGUAGUCAAUUAAAUAUAGGUCGAACAUGAUUUGCAAAUCAUUGUAUUCUGUUUUUGUUUAACACAACAUCCCACUUUCCUUGGAAUUCGGAUUGUAAAUAGUCUGCUUUUUCUAGGAUUAUUUGGUUUGAGGUUUUUUUUUUUUUUUUUUUCCUAUCACUGUUUAAUGGUCAAGUAUGAGUAUUAUUAUUAUUUUUUUUAAAUCUCAACAUGAAAAUCUAAACGUAUUCUAGUUUUGUAAUAGUGCAAAUGUUUUAUUGUACGUCGCAGCCUUGUAGUACACAAUCUGAGUUGCAGGAUAUCUCUGAAUUCCAUGUGUUGUUUUUUUGCUGUGAUAUAUAUUGUGUGUAAACCCAUGUUACAUUAGAGAACUCUACAUCCCCACAUAGAGCUUUUAUAAUACUGUGUGAAAGCCAUCACUGCAUCACUCGUUUGGUGGUGAUAAAUGUCACUUUAAUUAAGCAACUGAUUGUAAAUUUGGAAAUGUUUAGGCCCGUGUUUGAGUCAUGGCAUGUUUUGUAAUUUGCACUCUGACCAAAUAUACACUUUAACCCUUUUGAAGUUCAUUUGCAUUACAUUCAUUUUUAAAAAUCAAUGCAUUGAAACAAUUGAAUAUUUUUUGGUACCAUUUUGACUCACUGUUCAUUUGUUUCUCAAUUUAUACUCAUUUGCUUUUGCAUUCAAAAUAUUCAAAUGGCUCCUUGAAUGUGACUGACCCUGUAAUGUGGUUAUAAUCCAUCAUUGAUGGGAGGACUAAAUCCUCUUAACUUACGUUUUUUCCAUUCUGUUUUUGUGUGUUUGCCGUAUUUUAUAUUGCUACUUUAUGACACGCGUGUGUGUACUCAUAUAUUACAACACAACAGUUAGAUGGUCACGAUAGAUUUUUUGUCAUGUAUGACUGAUCUGUUUACCUUAUGUGAAGUUUGGGACCAACUGUGGACGAGCACCAUUAAGUGUGCAUCUCCAGUCUUCUCAGUUUUGCCAUAGCGGUGAUACAGGAGCAUUAUGAAGUAUUUGGUAAACUUCUAUUUUCUUUCGAUUCAAUUCAAACAUUGUAAGCUGUAUUCAAUGAGUCAGAUAAUUGUGGUAAAUAAACUUUCCAUGUGUUUGU